AUGCUUCACUCUCCACUGAAAACAGCGCUGGCAUAUGAAUGUUUCCAAGACCAGGCCAGCUCCACACUGGCCUUGCCCUCGGAUCACAAGCUGAAAACUAAGGGCACAGGAAAACAGAGGGUCCAAGAGCAAGUGAUGAUGACGGUGAAACGGCAGAAACAGAAAUCGUCUGUGUCAUCGAGCAUGGGCCACUCCAACCGAGGUUCCAUGUACGAUGGUCUAGCUGAUGGUUAUGGCUAUGGGACAUCCCGGGGCAGCUAUUAUGCCAAAACCCAAACAGGAAACAGCAGCUGGGGAUAUCCGCUGUACAACGGGACACUGAAGCGGGAUGCGGACAACAGACGCUACAGUUCAUACAGCCAGAUGGACGGCUGGGGCAGCAAGCACUACAGCAAGGCUGCUGUCUGCAGCCCCACCAGGGCCGGCAGCGACUACUGCUUUGUGCAGAACAUCAAGAGCAGCCGGAGUGAGCCUGAUCUCUACUGCGAACCGCCCCGGGGCACACUGAGGAAGAGUCAGGUGGGGAGCCGGGCAGAGCACAAGCCAACCUUGAACCGCCAGAGCAUCUACAGCAGCUGUAGCACCCAGCAAGGAACUACGAGGACAAGUAAAAAAAUGACAGCACGGGCCCUCUCCUGCCCCUCCAGCAACAAGGCAGAUGUGGUCUAUGCCCAGCCCAUGAUGAAUAGCAAGCAGGAUGUGGUUUAUGGACAGGCUCAGUCCAGCUCCAAAAUAUGUGGAGAUGAAAUAGACGGUGGUGCAAUGACCAUCCAGAAAGCCAUUCAACUUCUGUGCUCCUCCGAUGACAAAUACCAGGCUAUGGGUGCUUACUACCUCCAGCACACCUGCUUCCAGGAUGAAUCUGCCAAGCAAGAGGUCUAUCGGCUGGGGGGAAUCGCCAAGCUUGUUGAACUGCUCCGCAGCACAAACCAGAACGUUCAGCGAGCAGCAGCUGGAGCCCUCCGAAAUUUGGUCUUCAGGAAUCCAACCAACAAGAUAGAAACCCGACGGCAGAAUGGGAUAAGGGAGUGUGUGAGCCUUCUACGGAGAACAGGGAACACUGAAAUUCAGAAACAACUGACAGGACUGCUCUGGAACCUCUCUUCCACUGAUGAAUUAAAAGAAGAGUUGAUACAGGAGGCCCUCCCUGUCUUGACAGACUGUGUUAUCAUCCCUUUCUCCGGCUGGUCUGAUGGCAGCUGCAAUAGGACAAGAGAAAUUAUUGACCCAGAAGUAUUCUUCAAUGCUACAGGGUGUUUGAGAAACUUGAGUUCUGCAGACAUGGGGCGCCAGACCAUGAGGAAUUACCCUGGCCUGAUUGAUUCAGUCAUGACUUACGCUCAGAACUGCGUGGCUUCUAACCGACCUGAUGAUAAGUCUGUGGAGAAUUGCAUCUGCAUCCUGCACAAUCUCUCCUACCGCCUGGAUGCUGAAGUUCCCAACAGAUACACCCAGCUCAACCACAUGGCCCGGAGUGUUUAUAUGGACAAAACUCUCACAGGCUGCUUCAACAGCAGGAGUGGCAAAAUGGAGAAUGAUGAGUAUGGUGUACCCCUUCCUGAGGAGGAUUAUAAACCUAAAGGACCCAGCUGGCUCUAUCACUCUGAUGCCAUCCGCACUUAUCUGUCCCUGAUGGAGCACAGCAAGAAGGACGCCACUUUGGAAGCUUGUGCUGGGGCCCUGCAGAACCUCACUGCAAGCCGAGGGCUGAUGUCCAAUGCAAUGAGCCAAUUGAUCGGUUUGAAAGAAAAAGGUUUGCCUCGCAUAGCACGGCUCCUUCAGUCCAACAGCUCUGAAGUUGUCCGAUCUGGCGCUUCUUUGCUGAGCAACAUGUCCCGACAUCCUAUUCUCCACAAAACCAUGGCUCACCAGGUGCUUCCAGAUGUAUCACGUCUCCUGUCAUUCCAGUCUGGAAAUACCAACAGCUUCGGAGAGAUCAUGACAUCAGCCUGUUACACUCUGAGGAACCUCAUCUUGUCCAACCCACACCUGGGGAAGUCUUACUUGACAAGCAACAUGCUAAAUAAUGUAGUAAGCCUGUGCCGAAAUGGCUCCUGUCCAAAAGCAGCUGAAGCUGCUCGCCUCCUCCUGACAGAUCUUUGGUCAAACAGGGAGCUGCAGAGUGUGCUCAAGCAGCAAGGAUUUGAUAAGAACAUGAUGGGAUCUUUAGCUGGAACGACCUUCAGGACCCUCUCCUCCAGAUUCUAG